ACAAAUGGACUUAUUUUGUAUUGCUUUCUCAAAAGCUGUAUUAGUAAUGAAUCUUGCUCCAAAUGAAAAAUGGAACCUUCUAUUUAAUGUAAAUUUUCUUUUAGAAAUUCUGGUUAAUGACUUCGAUAAUAUUUGGUGGCCCUUGGUAUCUAAUAUCAGAACACAAUAG